AGCGGGGCGUCGCCGCGCCCCUCCGACGGCCAGGGAAGGACGCGGCUCCCGGGGAGUCCGCGGCGCCGCGCGCUGCCAUGGAGCGUAGGGUGAGAGUGAAGACGUGGGUGGAGAAGAACAGAGCUGCCUUCCUGCCCCCUGUUUGCAACAAGCUGCUGCACCAGGAGCAGCUCAAAAUCAUGUUUGUCGGAGGCCCCAACAUCAGGAAGGACUACCACAUCGAGGAGGGAGAGGAGGUGUUUUACCAGCUGGAGGGCGACAUGGUUCUCCGAAUCCUGGAGCAAGGGGUCCACCGGGAUGUGGUCAUUCAGCAGGGAGAGAUAUUCCUGCUGCCGGCCAGGACCCCUCACUCCCCACAGAGGUUUGCCAACACCAUGGGGCUGGUGAUUGAGCGGAGGCGGUUGAAGACAGAGCUGGAUGGGCUCAGGUACUACAUAGGGGACACCACGGACAUCCUGUUUGAGAAGUGGUUCUACUGUGAGAACCUCGGCACACAGUUGGCUCCCAUCAUCCAGGAGUUCUUCAGCUCUGAGCAGUACAAAACAGGAAAGCCCAUUCCUGACCAGCUGCUGCAGGAGCCGCCGUUCCCCCUGAGUUCACGGCCCGUCGUGGAGCCCAUGUCCCUGGAGGCCUGGCUGGCUGGCCACCGCGGGGAGCUGCAGGCGGGCACCCCUCUCAGCCUGUUUGGGGAUACCUAUGAGACACAGGUGGUGGCCCACGGACAAGGCAGCAGCAGAGGCCCGAGGCAGGACGUGGACGUGUGGCUGUGGCAGCUGGAGGGCUCCUCGGUGGUGACAAUGGGGACACAGCGCUUGAGCCUGGCCCCCGAUGACAGCCUCCUAGUGCCAGCUGGAACUGCGUAUGACUGGGAGCGAGCGCAAGGCUCUGUGGCCUUGUCUGUGACCCAGGACCCUGCCUGCAAGAAGCCCCUGGAGUGACCCUCUUGCUGUGGCCCCACGCGGGAGGGGGUACAUGAGAGCCACCCCCCUGCUGACACCCCUUCGGCCCCCACUGGUGCUGCACUGAGCCACUCAGCUGCCCGACGCGGGCCCUGGCCGCCACUGCCCUCCCAUCCCGGCUGCCCUCUUGCUGGGAUGCUGGGCCCCUGGGGCCUGAACCCCCAUCUCUCACCGCCCUCAGUGCACACUCUGCACAGUUCUGCCCUGAGCUCUCGGCGGCCUAUCUCCCUGUGCCAGCCCCCAGGAGGGCCUCAAUAAAGCAUCCCUGCAGAUGGCAGCCCUGGCGUGCUCCCC